CGCAGCGAUUGGGCCUCCUGGGCAUCGCGUUGCCAGAGGACGGAUGAUGGCCGGAGCUGGGGAAGAUUCGCGGGCGCUUUUUGGGGCUGGCGUCCGCGCAGCGCUGGAAGCCUGGCCGGCCUUGCAGAUCGCUGUGGAGAAUGGCUUCGGGGGCGUGCACAGCCAAGAGAAGGCCGAGUGGCUGGGGGGUGCAGUAGAAGAGUACUUCUUCCGCAAUGCUGACUUGGAGCUAGAUGAGGUGGAGGACUUCCUCGGGGAGCUCAUGACGAACGAAUUUGAUACGGUUGUGGAGGAUGGAAGUCUGCCCCAGGUGAGCCAGCAGCUACAGACCAUGUUCUACCACUUCCAGAGGGGUGAUGGGGCUGCUCUGAAGGAGAUGGCCUCUCACAUUACCCAAAGAAAGUACAGCAUCAGAGCCACUGCAGUUACAACAGCCAGAGAAACGGAUGAAGAUGAUGCGGACAGCGUGGAGGAAAUGGAGGUUACAGCUACGAAUGAUGGGGCAGCUACAGAUGGGGUUUGCCCCCAGCCUGAAUCCUCUGGUCCAGACUCCCAGACUAUUAAAGAAGAGGAUAUAGUGGAGGAUGGCUGGACCAUUGUCCGGAGAAAGAAAUGAGUGGGGCUGGAAAUGGUUUGGGCCCUUGCUUGCUAGUUGUUUUGAGCCUUGUCUAUAGGGGUUUGGGGGAGGGUUGUGGACUCUUGGACUGGUUCCCCCAUCUCCACCCUCUUCCUGUUCCCCUGUUCAGUUUCCUCCAGGGGAAGAAGAACCCUAGGGUCCUUGCUCUCGAGGUAGUGUGACCUGGUUCACCACACUCCCUUGGGUCUUAAGUUACUGUCUGCAUGAUGGGCCUGAUAUCAUAGUACAUUGCCUCUCAGGUGUGGUUAGUAUGAAGAGGGAGGUUUGAGCAGGUGAGGGCAUGACUGGAGAAGCUAAACACUGGUUGACAGUGGCCAGGUGGAUCUGUGAAGGGAGAGGACCAGCAGGAGAACCACUAACCCUGCUGGGUCAGGAAUGUUGAGAUGAACUUGCAAACUAGAAGCAAGACGAGUUGAAUAUGUGAAUGAAAAUAGCUGUGGUACCUCUUCUUCUUUUUCCCCUGCCCAUACACACACAAAGCAGCUCUGUACCCCUGCCCAGAAAUUGGAAGCUCCCAGGAACACUCCCUUUCUGCAGCUAAGCCUCUAGCCCUGGGUUCCUUCAGGAAGUCUAAGAGUUUGGCUAGGUGGUGAGCUUGGGGGACAUGGGCUUUGUUUUCUUUCUCCCCCAGCCUCUUUCCAUAUACUUACCCAAAUCCAGGGAUGAGGCUUAAAACCUCAGUAAAUAGUACCUUAUUGUUUAAUCUCGUGCUCACUUCGGCAGCACAUAUACUAAAAUUGUUUAAUCUGUGACUUGACCCAUGAAGAGCCUUAGAAUCAGCCUUUUAGGAGCUGGGCUUCAGAGCUCAGUAAGGGAGCAGUUUUGGGGCCCACCCUAGCAGCCUGUUAUUGUGAACAAAGAGGUGGAUAAAUGGAACACAGCAGUACUCUGAAAGUUUCCAUAAGCCCGAAAUAAACUGUAUUUUUCUUUAAAAAACAAAA